AUGCCGACGUAUCUGUGCCACGGCUUCCGAUGGCACCGGCGCGACAUCCGCGUCUUUGUCGUCCUCAACGACCUCGACGACGCCGCCUCGAAUUGGGUCAUCGGGCCGGCUACGUCGUCGGCCAUCCUCUCCCAGUUCCACACCAGCUUCAACUUCCUGCCGGAGCCACCGUCACCGUCUGCGCCGCCAUCGCCAUAUGUGACCAAGAAGCCUCGGCCCGCCACGGCCUCGGACGGAGAGCCCUUGCAUCACGACGACGACUUCACCGUGCCGCCGUCGCGCGUCGCCGAGGCCAACGACGCCGUGCUCGUGCACUCCUGGUCCGCCGUGAAGCUGCUGGAGGAGUUUGACCCGGAGGACACCAGGUUGCCGAGCCGCCCGUACGCCUAUGUCGCCGACUACGUUGUGCGCAUCGACCUCAGCGCCAAUGUGGUCGAUGAGAUGGCCAAGUACCGCAUGCGGAAGCAGGAUGAGUGGUUUGAGAGGUUGAGAGACGAGUUGCAGAAGGGCGAGGACAUACGAUGGUAUGUCGUCGUCUGUGGAGAUGAAUUGAGGGAGGUGCCUGCAGAGAGUGACGAUGAGGCAAACCUCAAGGACGACGAGAGUGAGGAGGAGUCUGUAGUCGACGACGACGACAUGUCACAAGGCAUCCCCCAAGGGUUGAAACCACGGCCCUCGAAACCACCACCUUUGAAACCACCACCCCUACAGCCAGUCCAGCAGCAACAACGACCACGGACGAGUCCUGGGCCGUCGAGCACCAGCAGCCUUCCGCUGCGUCCAUCGCCGCUCAGUUCACACCCGCCCCUCCCAACCCCCCCAGCCGAACCAGGAGGCCAAAAGCAGCCUGCGCGGCCGCCGCUGAAGAAUAAGAAGUCCAUGGCAGAGGGGCUGAGGAGGUUGUUCGGGAAGAAGGAGAGUGCCACGCGGUGA